AGUUGGUCUUGAGAUCCUCCCUUGAAUACUCUGGCAAAAGUGCAGGAGGAGAAAGGGAGAAAACACAAGUGUGGAGCAAGCUCUGGCAGUGAGCCUUGAUAAAAGAGAGGAUCUGGAUUUCCAAGGAGAAAGCACUGGCAGGUGCUCAGACACAGAAGCCAGUACAGUGUCAGGAGGGCACGGGGUCAGGAUGGCAAUGAAGAGGCAUAUCUCUGCUCAGCUGCUUUGGCUGUUUCUCCUCUCUCUUCAGGUUGCCAUGGGUGCUGAUGAACUGAGGCUGGUGGAUGGAAGCAGCCCCUGUGCUGGGAGAGUGGAGGUUAAACACAACAAUCAGUGGGGGACGGUGUGUGAUGAUCGCUGGGACAUGGAAGAUGCUGAGGUGGUUUGUAAGCAGAUGGGAUGUGGAUCUGCUGUCAGCGCCCAUGUUUGGGCUCAUUUUGGACAAGGAUCUGGACCAACUUGGCUGAUUGUAGUUGAUUGUGAUGGUGACGAGUCUGCUCUCUGGGACUGCAAACAUCCAGGAUGGGGUAUAAUCACCUGCUCUCAUUCUGCUGAUGCCGGAGUGAUCUGCUCAGGUCACAUUGAGCUCCGGCUGGUUGGAGGGGACACUGCCUGCUCAGGACGUGUUGAAGUAAAACAUGGAGAAACAUGGGAGACAGUCUGUGAUUCACACUUAGAUUUCAAAGCCGCUACAAUUAUCUGUAAUGAAUUAGAGUGUGGACAGGCUGUAGCCACCUUGGGAGCAGCUCACUUUGGAGAAGGACAUGAUCUGAUCUGGAAGGAAGCAUUCCAGUGUGUAGGGAAUGAGACUGUCCUUUCAAACUGUCCCAGGAUGUCCCAUUCUAAUGAGACAUGCUCCCACGCUAAUGAUGUCGGCCUAUUGUGCUCAGGGUAUGCUGGGUACAGGCUGGCAAACGGCAGCACAGGGUGUUCAGGGAGAGUGGAGCUUCACCAUGGAGGUGCCUGGGGAACCCUCUGUGACUCCCAGUGGGAUUUACAGGCUGCCCACACCCUCUGCCAGCAGCUUGACUGUGGAUUCGCCCUGUCAAUGCCAGCAGGGCAGCUCUUUGGGACAGGAGAUGGGCCUGUCUGGAACGGCACAUUUGGCUGUGAGAGGAACGAAUCCCAUCUGAGGGACUGUCCUGUUACUGCGCUGGGUACAACAGAGUGUCCCCCUGGGAGCAAAGCCAGCGUGGUGUGUUCAGAGUGCUCAGGCGGCAGGUUAGUGAAUGGUACCGAGUGCUCCGGGAGAGUGGAGAUCCGAUAUGGAGACACAUGGGGAAGCCUCUGUGACUCCCACUGGGAUUUGCAAGAUGCCAAUGUCCUCUGCCAUCAGCUGAACUGUGGAUACGCCGAGUCAACCUGGGGAGGAACCCAUUUUGGGGAAGGGAGAGGAACUGUAUGGAGCGACGCUUUUCAUUGUGAAGGGACUGAAUCCUGUCUGUGGGAUUGUUCUCGCACAGCCCUGGGCAACCCAGCCUGCUCCCCCAGAGACACAGCCGGGGUUAUUUGCUCAGGUCAUUCAACAUCACUCCGACUGUUGAAUGGAGAGAGCCGAUGCGAUGGGAGAGUUGAGAUUUCCCUCCGUGGUGCCUGGGGCAGAGUGCUGGAUGACCAGUGGGACAAGAACGAUGCCAGCGUGGUGUGCAGGCAGCUCCAGUGCGGAGUCUCUGAGAAAGCUUUUAACUUCCCUAAGUCUGAGCGAGGAAUAGGCCCUGUGGGGCUGAGAAGUGUCCAGUGUGCAGGAAAUGAGACUCGUCUGACUCUCUGCAACGUCUCCACAUCUGAGACCGCUCAGGCACGAAUUGCUGAGGAUGUCGGUGUUGUUUGCUCAGGAAGCAGGCGGAUCAGGCUGGUGAAUGGGGCAGGUCGCUGUGCUGGGAGAGUGGAGAUUUAUUACAAUGGCACCUGGGGGACAGUCUGUGAUGAUUCCUGGGACCUACCGGACUCCAAUGUCGUUUGCAAACAACUGGGAUGUGGCCAUGCCAUCAAUGCAACUGUCUCUGCUCAUUAUGGACAAGGAUCCGGGCAGAUCUGGUUGGAUGAUGUGAACUGCUCUGGGAAGGAAUCUGAUCUCUGGAAGUGUCCUUCCGGGGGCUGGGGCCAGCACAACUGCAGACACAAACAGGACGCAGGAGUUCUCUGCUCAGAGUUCACAGAUCUGAGGCUGGUGAGCAGCAGUGACUGUGCUGGGCGCCUGGAGAUUUUCUACAAUGGGACAUGGGGCAGUGUUUGCUCAAAUCAGAUGACUCGCAUCAGCCCGACAAUUGUAUGCAAACAGCUGAACUGUGGAGAUGGAGUGCUAACUGAAGGAGAAUUUCAACAUGGGGAAGGUUCUGGUCUCGCGUGGCUGGACCAUGUUAAGUGCACUGAGCAGCACAGCUCCCUUUGGCAGUGUCCCUCAGGCCCAUGGAAAUGGCAGUCAUGUGAUCACCAAGCCGAAGAGACCCAUAUUAUUUGCAAUGGUUCUUCAAAUGGUGUGAUAAAGACAACAGCUUCACUGUUUAGAAGAGCUCCCCCGCGCCGCCCUCCGACCGACAGUGGGAGAGUCACAGUGCCCAUGGUCAUCUGCAUUAUCCUGGGGGCCUUACUCUGCCUGGUCUUAAUCAUUCUGGGUGCACAGGUGCAAAGUGCCAAGGCACAGCGCAAAGACUUCAGAAGAUCCUCGGACCCUUUCACUGAAGCCAUAUAUGAGGAGAUUGAUUAUAACCUGAAUGGAGAGAAGCAGAUGUUGGGUCGCUCAGGUUUGUGUGUCUCAUUCCUAACAGGGAGCAAAUAUCUAUUGCACUUUUCAUCCCGAGGCCCUGACCCAGAGCUAAAAUCUCAGCCCUCAUCCCUGGGAUCCCUGGCACACUGUGGAUACAGAUUUGUUAGUGAUUUACUCCCACAUAGCACUCACUCUCCAUUGGUGUAAAUGACACUAUAAGGCAUCAAUCUCCAGGUUUAUUGUGUGAUGAACUCAUGAAGAUGAGCUUCCUCCCCACUCUUCUCUGCUUGUUCCCAUUCUUGGAACAGACAUCCUGCAGCCUUGGGCCUUGUCUUCACUGAGAAGAAAAGGUGUGUUCUUAACUUGGGAUAACUAACACAAGGUAACACCUCAGUGUAGACAAGGCAGUUUGUAGCUUUCACAUGAGUUAGCAGGUGGAGUUGGAGAUUUUUAAAUUCCUUGUUAAAGAUCACACUCAGUCCCCCCCUCACCUCCUAGGUUCAACAUGGAUAUUCCCAGCAUCUUCCCAGUCUGAUUUUAUCCUCCCCAAACCCACGUUUACCACAAUAAAAUGGAUAUUUCUCAGUGUCACUGUGCAUUCAGCAUCUUCCCUAAAAGGAGGAGACCGGAAAUCUUUCUCUCAGCCCCCAGAUGCACCAACCAUUUGUCAACUUAGCUGCUCUCACUUUGAUAACAUCUCAUUUGUUGUCCCUACAAUCUGCUAUUCAGAUGAUUCACUGAUGAAACUUCGGUAUUACACCAGGGACAGAGAGGUGGGAAAUGAUCCUGCAUCAGAAUAAGAGGGAGCUUCCCCCUGGGGGUCUCAGUUGGAUUUCGAUAAUGUGGAGGACCCUGUGUUGAGUGAUGUGCUCCUGACUUCAGACAGCCAAGAGGCUCCUGCACUGCCUGGAGAUGUCACAGAGGACGGUUAUGAUGAUGUCAAAGAAGUUUCUGAACCCAGUGAUAACCACGGCCCCAGGCAGUGUGCCUGGGAAGACACUGGAUCCCCAGGAGAGAGUGACAGGAACAGGGAUUCACAGACAGAUUGGAGUCUGCACUUGCUAAGAAGUGAAGAGGUCUCUGAGGCUGAGAGAGAUGCCCUAUCUCUAUUUCCUGGAGACCCAGGUUAUGAUGACGUUGAAGAUGGGGUCUCUGGGACAUCACUAUAAGAAUGCUGAGUUCAGAUCAAAUAUCCUGUGAGGACAUAAAUGUUAUAUGAUUGGGCUAUUCUUCUCUCAAAUACUCUCUGGGCCAUCAGAAACAAUCCCUACCUGGGAACUAGUUCAUACAGCUUUUAUAUUGCAGUUUUGUCUGCUUGCAAGAAAUGUGUGACUGAGACAGGUUUGUGGUUUCCCCUGUAGUUCCCAGUUGAUCAGACUGGAACUGUCCUGCUUUUUUAUUCCUGCUGUUUUAUUUCUAACAUGAAAUAUUAUUUCUUCCUUGUGAAUUUCUACUUUCUUAGUAAACUGUUUUUGAAAGAUUGUUCCAGGGCUGAUGCUUCUCUGACGAGGUGUGUUGGGCAGCUCCCUGGAGACCGUUGGGGGAAAGAUUGAGAUUGAACCACCAAAAAAUUAUAAUGGUAAAAUGUCACCCCUCGGGUAUCUCAGGCUGUU